UGGCGGCUAUUCCGAAUUUGCCAAGACGUGUAUUCUUGAAAGAGAAAAUGCUGCAUGAGGUGUUAUUUGCUCUAUCAGGACACUGUGGUGGGAUUUUUAAAAGUGUAGAAGGCGAAUUAAAGGUAACCAGUGACCUUCCAUUCAUCUGUCCAUCAGAAGUAGAUUUACUUAAUCGACUGUGCAAAUUAGGAACAUACUAUAAAGAUUUCAACAACUUCAUACAGAAGCAUGGAGAAACACUUAGUUUGAAGAAUUCUGGAGAUGUCUCGGAUGACAUUCAUGGAUUAUACUUAAAGUCUUUUUGUCGAGGACUGGACAGGGUUUUAGAGAAUUACCGUGUAAUUCUUCGAAAGCUGGAAAUGGACGUCCUUAGUGAUGAGCACCUCCCUGUUACACACCUUGUCAGUUUCCUACAAGAGUACCACAUUUUGUUCCCUGCUCUGGCAUCAGUUCUGGAACAAAUCACAAGUCACAAGGCACAUGGCUGUUACAUUCUGGAUAUUCUUCAUAAAAAUGCUGUUUGUGGUCUUCCUAUUGUCCGAAAUGCUUUAAAUAGGAUUUUAUAUGUGUCUCAUGGACUGCUUUACAAACAGCUGUGUUCCUGGCUUCUGUAUGGCUGCCUGAAUGAUCCCUACCAGGAAUUCUUUGUACAGCUGAACACGGAGGACUGGGAGGGUGUCAGUAGUGUAGUCACACAGGAGGAGGAGGAGAGUGAUGAACUGCCAAUCAUGGGGGUGACUGGGAGGCAACUACAGAAAAUCCUGUCUCUGAAUACCUCAGAAGUAAGUUCCAGUCUUCAUAGAUUUGCCCUGAGAGCCGAGCUCCUACCCUGUUACAUCCCGGUAAGGGUGGCCAACAAGAUUCUGUUUGUAGGAGAAUCAGUUCAGAUGUUUGAAAAUGAGAAGAAACCAAACUCUCAAAAGAAAGGGAGCAUUCUGAAGAACAAGGAAGAAGAUUUCUCUAAAGAUCUACAUGAACUGUCUCAAGAAGAGGAAUUCAACUCCAUGGCAUUUGAAUCUCUGAUAGACAGUAUUAGGACACAUGUUGCUGAGCAUCUGUAUAUUCUGGUUGUGGAGGAUGCUAACCUUGCUGCAGAGUUGCGCAUUAUCAAAGACUUCUUUUUACUAGGGCGGGGAGAGUUAUUUCUGGCCUUCAUAGAUCAAACACAGACAUUACUCAGAGGCCCACCUGUCAACACAACAGAACACGAUGUGAAUAUGGCCUUUCAUCAAGCUGCUCGUAAUGUUCUGAUAGAUGACGAGAGCUUGCUUCAGAGGUUCCAUUUAGGAGUGCAGUUCAAAGGAAGUGACAAAAAGAGCGAUAGUUCAUCAAGUUCCCAAUCAGUGGAGUCUGGAUGGAACAGCCUAAGUCUGUCUUACACGGUUCAGUGGCCACUGCACAUUCUUCUCACUCCCUCCAUUCUAGAGAAAUACAACCGCUUGUUUGGGUUCCUAAUGGCCGUGAAGAGAGCCCAGAUAGACAUCCAGCACUGCUGGACAUUACAGAUGCAGUAUAAACAAAAACCAUCCAACCCAGAAGAAGUGGCCAAGUGGCAGCUCAGGACACACAUGGCUUUCUUAGUGGACAAUCUACAGUAUUACUUACAGGUUGAUGUAAUUGAAUCUCAGUUCAGCACAUUUAUGGAGAAGAUAACAUCCACUCGGGACUUUGAGGCUGUUAAGCUUGCUCAUGAUCAGUUUCUCUCAGCUUUACUGUCCCAAAGCUUUGUUCACAUGAAAGCUGUCUCGAGAUGUUUACAUGAAAUACUAGAUAACUGCAGUCAGUUUAGCAAACUCCUGGUGAAUUGUUCAUCCCCUCUGUCUAAAGGAGAAUUAUCUCAUCUACAGUUUAUAGCAAAGAAUUUUCAGCGACAGUCUAAUCUACUGUUUACAGUCCUGUCCAGUGUCAGAAGUCAUAAUUCUAGCCCCCAUCUGGCACAACUACUGUUACGACUAGACUACAACCAUUACUUCUCUAUAGCAGGAGGCCAGCUCGGAAGUUACUGAUGGAAACUUACCAGUUGUAAGAUGGAUGAACAUUACUUCACUGAAGAGAAUCUGAAUGUAGACAUUAUCAGUACCGGUACUUGUUGUAAAGGUCUUAAGUUGUUGUUAUUUAUUAAUUCUAUUAUUAAUAAACCUUAUUAAAGAU